CAUACUUUUCCUUUUCCAAUUCCACCAUUUAAAACCCUCUUUCUUCUUCCAAAAAAAUCCUAAACAGCUUCUUUCGCUGUUACUAUUUCUCUCUGUUGUUUGAUACCUCUGACUCUGUUCCCAUAUAUACAGAACUACUUGCCGUCGCUUUCUUCCGAACCCCCAAAACACACACACACACACACAGAGUCGAGCAGUUUUUAUCACUCUGUUUUUGCUGACUUUUUUCGGGAAAACCCUUUUUGUUUUUACCAAUGCAAAGACGAAUUUCGCCUUCACCGGCGGUGACCCAACCCCGAUAUGGGUUUCACCGGAAUCAGCCUAUGCGUUACCGGUUCGACCGGCCACCGGAAAAACCGAUACAAAAACCGCCCAAUUUCAUAGUCCAACUCUGUUCAACUCACAGGGUUCUCACCAGGCCACAACUAAACUCUCUAAUUUCAAAAUUACCAUUCACUCCUCAAAACUCCUUUGUGUUUUCCUCCGGUUUCGUCGUCGGAACCCUACUGUACGAGCAGUGGAACCAGGCGUUAGACGUGACGGUUGAAUUAUGGAAGCUAAAGUUAAAAAGUGAGCAUUUUUAUAUCCCGUUUGUUAAAGAAAAUAUUGAGGUUUCAUCUGAUAAAGAGGAGUUGAAUAAUAGUUUAAAGGGUGUUUUUUUAGACCAUUUGUAUGGGAUUCUUGAUGGGGUUUUAGUGCAAAAAUGGGAGCAAAAGUUGGGUUUUUUAAUGAAUGAAAUUGAUGGGGUUUCAAGUUUGUUAAGGAAACAUAAUAGGAUUGGAGUUUAUAGUGAUUUGUGUAAGAAAAAGAAGGGUCUUGAAGCUGAGAGGGAUUUGAUUAAAUUAAGGAUUGAUGAGUUUAAGAAUGGGAUUAAAUGUAUUAUUCAAUAUUUAGAGGAGGAGGAAAAGGGAUUUGUUGAGAACGAGGAGGGAUUUAGGGUGUUAAAAUUUGGCGGGGAAGAAUUUGAUUGGGAUAGAAUUCAUUGUUUGAUGAUGAGAGAAUGUAGAAGGCUUGAUGAUGGCUUGCCUAUUUUUGCUUUCAGGCAGCAGAUUCUUAAGCAAAUUCAUUGCCAACAGGUGACGGUUUUGGUUGGAGAGACUGGAUCAGGAAAGAGUACACAAUUAGUGCAGUUCCUUGCUGAUUCAGGAAUAGCUGGCAAUGGUUCUAUGAUUUGCACUCAGCCUCGGAAACUUGCUGCCAACUCUUUAUCAAGGAGGGUUAGAGAGGAAAGCCAGGGGUGUUAUGAUGAUAAUUCAGUUACCUGCAAUCCAUCAUAUUCGUCUUGUCAACAGUUUGAUUCAAAGAUAAUGUUUAUGACAGAUCACUGCCUACUACAGCACUAUAUGGGUGACAAGACUUUGUCCAAGAUUUCAUGCAUCAUAGUCGAUGAGGCACAUGAAAGAAGCCUAAACACUGAUCUUCUUUUAGCAUUGAUAAAGAACCUACUUCAUCAGAGGUUUGAUCUGAGGCUUAUUAUUAUGUCUGCCACCGUUAAUGCAGACCAGCUUGCAGAUUACUUCUUUGGUUGUGGAACUUUCCAUGUGGCGGGUAGAACUUUCCCGGUUGAUAUUAAGUAUGUCCCCUGUGAAUCUGAUGUCCAUCCUGCUGUAGGUGCAAUUGCCCCUUAUGUCCACGAUGUUAUCAAGAUGGUGACUGAGAUACAUAGAACGGAGGGAGAGGGAGCUAUUCUAGCAUUCUUGACAUCUCAGAGUGAAGUUGAGUGGGCUUGUGACAAGUUUCAAGCACCUCUGGCCAUUGUUUUACCUUUACAUGGCAAAUUAUCUUAUGAUGACCAAAACCGAGUGUUUCUCUUCUAUCCAGGGAGGAGAAAGGUAAUAUUCACCACAAAUCUUGCCGAGACAUCACUGACAAUUCCCGGUGUCAAAUAUGUUGUUGAUUCUGGUGUGGUUAAAGAAAGCAGGUUUGAACCUGGCACCGGCAUGAAUGUUCUCAGGAUAUGUAGCGUGAGCCAAAGUUCCGCUAACCAGAGAGCUGGUCGUGCAGGGAGAACUGAACCUGGAAAGUGUUACAGGCUAUACUCUCAAAGUGAUUUUGAGGGAAUGCCUUGUCAUCAGGAACCUGAAAUUUGCAAAGUUCAUCUUGGUGUUGCAGUGCUGAGGAUUCUUGCAUUAGGUAUCAAGAAUGUCCAGGAUUUUGAUUUUGUUGAUGCACCUAGCCCCAAAGCUAUCGAGAUGGCCACCCGAAAUCUGGUUCAACUCGGAGCUGUUACACAGAGAGAUGAUGAUACAUAUGUAUUAACUGCAGAAGGACGAAAACUGGUCAAGUUGGGUAUUGAACCUAGGUUGGGCAAAAUGAUCCUCGGUUGCUUUGAUCAACGUAUGGGUAGAGAAGGUGUUGUGCUUGCUGCUGUCAUGGCAAAUUCCAGCAGCAUUUUCUGUAGGGUUGGCUCCGAAGGAGACAAGCUAAAAUCUGAUCGCCUUAAGGUGCAAUUUUGCCAUCCAAAUGGUGACCUCUUUACUUUAUUAUCUGUUUACAGGGAAUGGGAGGCUGUGUCUAGGGAAAAGAAGAAUAGCUGGUGCUGGGAUAAUAGUAUCAAUGCCAAAUCCAUGAGAAGAUGCCAGGAGACUGUGCAGGAACUGGAAGCCUGUCUUCAAAACGAACUAAAUAUGAUCAUUGCCAGUUACUGGCAAUGGGAUCCUCAAGUUCAUACCAAGCAUGACGAAGUUUUGCAGAGUAUAAUUCUUUCUUCCCUUGCGGAAAAUGUU